GAAGUGGAAAAGUUAAUGUUAAAUAUGAUAGUUUAAGAAAAAGUGUUAAGAGUUGAUUUCUUCCCAGGUAAUUUACAAAGGUGAGGUCAAAUAAGGAAAAUGUAUAAAUUGUAAUGAGACUUUAAUAGCCCAGCCUUUCAUGUUUUGUUUCCAGUGUUGCAAAAGUCUUCAUCGUCUGCUUUAUCUUUUGAUGUGUUCCUGCUCAACGUUUAAUUUCUAGUCUCAUCGCGCGCCCAUAAAUAUACCAUAAACAAAGCGAAAGCUUACCAUUGUUAAUUAUCAAUGUUGGUCUAUUUUUAAUAUUAAUGUUAAGUUAACUUAAAUAGUUCUGUCAUUAAACUAGUGUUCCCCCUCAAUGUGCAACAAUCACGGCUCAAUCAUCGUCAAUUGAAAGACAUCUUGUUUACUUUUGUUUUUCUUUUCUCUCUUACCUUGCCUUUUCUUUGGUUUUUCAUAUAAUCAAUUAAUUAAUCCCAUUUGUUGUACCUCACUGUAAUCACCACAAUCAUCAUCAACACACUGCCUUUAUCAAACAACAUAAACCUUCAAAAUAACCAUCAACCACAUUAUCCACCAUUGGUAAACCAGAUUCUCAUUGUUACCCAAAUCUGGUUUCAAAAUGAGAACAAAUUUGGAUAAACUGUUCGUCAUCUGGCUAGUUAUUCAUUCAGUCAAUUCUUAUCGUCCUUUCAGAGAAAUUGCACCUCCUGAUGAUGAAGAUUUUUCUAUUGGUGGAAGUGGUGAUGGUCCUGAUGAUCGUGAAGGAUACAUUGAUAUAUCAAAGCCAAAUUUGAAUAAUGUAAGCACACCAAAAGCAGAUUUCAGAGUUAAUGGUCUUGCAUCCAAAUGGCCACCUUAUAAUUAUGGUUACUAUACGACUCCAUCAACAUCUUCAUCUUCAUUUUACUCAUAUUCAUCUCAUUCCCACUCACAAGCAUCAUCAACAUUACCUUCACUGUCAUGGUCAACCGUCUCAACAUCAACCACAAGUUCACCUUUAUCAAUACCCAGUCCCAAUGCACACUGGUCAAGCUACAAUGAAUAUAAAUCAAUAUCAAACAGUUAUGAAAGCAAUUAUGAUAGAAACUAUGAUAGAAAUGAUAACAAUUAUGAUAACAUUUAUCCGAAAGUUGAUCGGGAUCGUAUUGACAUUCGAGUCUAUCCAAUAAGUCAAAUAAUUUAUACAACCCAAGAAGUGGUUAUACGCUGUCGAGAUGAAAGUUACCGUCGUUUACCAGUUAAAUGGAGUCGAUCAGAUGGUCGACCAAUGUCAUUGGAGGCAACCGAUACAUCAGGUCGUCUGGUUAUCCCUAACAUCAAGAUGUCUGAUGGAGGCGAAUACAAAUGCUCACCGCUUGACCCAACUUACCGUCAAAGCUUCAAUUUAUCUUCAGUUAUUGUUUAUCCAAUUGAAAGUCUUCAUAAUCGUCAACCAGACUAUCAACCAUUCACUUGUCACCCUGGAACAAGAAAAUGCCCAUCUUCUACUACCUGUAUUCCUGAGCAAUAUUUCUGUGAUGGAGAAUCUGAUUGUCCUGGCAGUCGAGAUGAAGAGGAUUGUGAAUCGUGUAAACUAUAUCAAUUUAGAUGUCGGAAUGGCCAGUGCAUUGAAAAGACUAGACGUUGCGAUGAAAAACUUGAUUGUCGAGAUGGUUCAGAUGAAAUGGAUUGCAGGGAGAAAGAAACGAAGGUACCUUUGACAUUGUCAAUUGUACCACCUUUUAUGGAUGUUGAACGAGGUUCUUUUGUUCAAUUUGCUUGUGCAUCAUCAAACCCAAGUGCCAAGUUAGCCUGGGUUUUUGAGCAAGGUGAACUACCAAGAACAGCUACAGUCAUUGGUGGAACUUUGACCAUUCGCAAUGCUCAAGAAUUUGACCAAGGAACUUACAUUUGUAUGGGAUCUGAUUCAUAUGGUACCAAAGCAGAGGCACAAGCUAGAUUGACGGUUCGACGACCUCAAUCAUUGGUUAAUGCCAAUGUAAUUCCCAGUUAUAUUGAGGUACAAGAAGGUGGUAAUGUAAUGUUAUCAUGUAACUCAUCAGCACCAGGAAGUUCAUUUGUUUGGGCAUUUAAUCGUGGUAAUCUUCCUCCUGGAGCAGAAACAAUUAAUAACCAAUUGCGAAUCUAUCAAGCCAAUCAAAGACACUCGGGUCACUAUCGAUGUAUCGUUAAAUCUCCUUAUGGUACCGGGGAAGCUUACUCAAUGGUCAACAUUAAUCCAGUCAUGACUGAAAGACGACCAUCAAUGAUUGUUUCUCCAUCUCAUGCUGAAGCUGCUCUCGGAUCAAUGGUCAGAUUCCGAUGUAAUGCAACCGAUCCACGACCAAAUCAAAUUAUUUGGCAAUCCAAACGAGGUGGCUUACCUUUUGGAGCAAAUCAAAGUAGAGAGAUAUUAACAAUUGGUCCCAUUACCGAUAUUCAUUAUGGUGAAUACAUUUGCAUGGUAACAAAUUCAUAUGGCCGUAAUCAGCAAACUGUUGAAUUACAUCGAGCUGGUGGUAGUGCUAGUAGUGAUGUAGAUAAUCAAGAUGGACAAAAUCAGCCUACACGUACAACUUUAGGACCAGUUAUUGAGAUACAACCAGCUGCUGGAUUAAACUUGCCUUUAGGUGAAUUAGCUAGAUUUGAAUGUCGAUCAAACGAAAUUUUGUCUGAUGAGUUACGUUGGAUAAGCUCAUCUGGAAGUCUUCCUGAAGGAACUACAGUUAGCAAAGGAGUUUUGGUUAUUCCAUCAAUUACCGCUGCUCAUUAUGGCAUCUAUGCAUGUGAGGCCAGAAACUCUUAUGGAGUUUCGCGUAAAAGUGUUGAACUUCGCCCACCCUCAUUAAAUCCAAACAUAUCACCACCUUACCGUCCUGUAACUGGACCCAUUGAAGCUACAAUUGAACCACAACAGCAAACAAUUGUUCAGGGUAGUUCAGGAAUUCUUCGAUGUUUAGUAACCGGAGAUCUAAAUGCUGCUGUAAUUUGGUCAAAAGUAAACGGAAAUUUAACCGAUCGACAUCGAAUUGAUGGUGAAAUAAUGAGAAUUGAAAAUGCAAUUAUCAAUGAUAGAGGUUUGUACGUAUGUAAAGUUGAAUCAUCUCCAGGAGUGACUGUUGCUCAAGGAUCGGCAAUUGUUGAAAUUGAACCACGUGAGCCUCCGGUUGUUGAUAUUUACCCUGCAGUAACACAGUCAAUUCAAAUUGGUGGUUCUGCUCUAUUCCAAUGUCGUCUCGUUGGUGGUAUCCCAGAACCCGUAAUUACAUGGUCAAGAGCAGAUAAUUCACCUUUAACAUCCAACGCUGACAUUGUUGAAGGCGGUGUAAUCCGAUUUAUUCGUGUAACUGGCGCUGAAGAAGGUAUCUAUAAAUGUACAGCAGAAAAUAUUGCCGGUCGAGCUGAAUAUGAAGUAACUUUGAGAAUCGAGCGAACUGAAUUUUCACCAAACAGACCACCCUAUGUAUCACCCCCUGAUCCAUCGGUCAACCCUCCGGAUAAAAUUGUCCCUCCUGACCAUCUACAACCUUAUCGACCUGACAUUUCAAUUAAAAUAAAUCAACGAAACCCACUCGUGAUUAAAGAAGGUGAACCCUUAGUGUUGGAUUGUUUCACCGAAAGCUCAAUGGAUACUCAAGUAAUUUGGAUGUCAGUUGAAAAGGGUCAGUAUAUAACAGAAACUGCAACCAGAAGAAGUGUCUAUCAAAAGUAUGAUACAACAGCCGAAGACUCUGGAGAGUACCGAUGCGUUGCCCAUAAUUCAGCUGGAAGAGCAGAAGAACGUAUUCAAGUUGUAAUUGAACCAAUUUCAGGCCCUCAUCCUACAUCACACCGUAAUCCUCACCAAUUCACACCUCCUGCUCCUUCACCAUACGAGUCAAUACGUAAUGUUACUUUAAGUGUUGGAGGAUCGACUGAAUUCAAAUGCCACGCUUCAGGUCCUGAUUUAGUUUCUCCCAUAAUGACCUGGUCACGGGAAUCAGGUGCUCUUCCAACCAAUGCUUAUCAAAGGUCUGAAACUCUGUACAUCAAUAAAAUUAACGAAGACAAUAGUGGUACCUAUGUCUGCACUGGACGUUCACCCGAUGGUCAUGUCGUCGUCAUUCAAAGAGUCCUUCUCAAUGUUCAAUCUCAACUGACUCUCGCUCUUGACCCUGUUUCCCAAGUUGUCUCCGCUGGUCAACGUGUUCAAAUUAACUGUGUCGCUGCUGGUAAUGGUGUUGAACCUGUUCAAGUUACUUGGAACCGUGAAGGUGCAGCAAUGUCUCCCAAUUCGCGAAUCAUUGGUGGCCAAUUGGUUUUCAUGUCAAUUUCACCCACUGAUUCGGGAAGUUACAUUUGUAAAGGAAUAAGCUCAUUGGGUGAAGCUCGGGCUGUUGCUCAUGUACAAGUUGGACCUUCAAGUGUCCCUCAACCACAUCAUCCUUACCCAAGCGACCCAAUUCGUCUUCCUACCCAAUAUGAAACUCGACCUCCAACUGGUAAACGGGAAAUUGUUGAUACAAGAGCAAGUAAAACACUAUCAUGCGACUUCGCACGUAUUCCUAACCACAUUAUCAGAUGGGAAUUUAAUAAUGCCAAAAUCUUACCAACCAAUGCUGCAGUUUUUGGAAAUAAUAUUAUUCUAACAAACAUUGAUAAAAAUAACGAAGGACGUUAUAUUUGUAAUGCCCAUCUACCUGGAUCUGAAAGACCAAUUGACCGUGAUUUUAUUGAUCUGAUUGUUAGAGAUGUUCAAAGCUGCUCUCCUUAUGAGUUCCGUUGCUAUGAUACAACUUGUAUUGAACGGGAACGUCGAUGUGAUGGAAGACCUGAUUGUAAUGAUGGAAGUGAUGAACAAUAUUGUCCUGAUUCUAGACAAGCUUAUCCUCGACAACCUGAUACUCGAUCACGUUAUCCAACUGAUCCUCGAACAAAUUAUCCCAAUUAUCCUCAACCUAGUUACCCAAGCUAUCCUGAUACUCGUUAUUCACCUCAACAUCCAGUUCAAGUUGAAGUAAAAAUUGAAUCCAAUAAAUUACUGGUAAAUGUUGGUGAUGAUUUAGAGUUGAGAUGUCACGCUGAUGGGCCUGAUUAUCGUUAUGAAUGGUUUAAAGAUAUUCAACCAGUAAGGAAUGAAAAUGCAGAAAUAAAUCACAAUAAACUUUAUAUUAGAAAUGUGAAACCUGAAAAUGGAGGUGUUUACACUUGUAGAGCUCGUAAUCGAUAUGGUUACGGAACUGAUGAACAUGUUGUUAUGAUUCAGAGAGUUUCACCUCAAGAUGAAAACAUUGUGCUUGGAGCUGAUCUGGGUGCAUCUGUUAGACUUGAAUGUCCUCGAACUGUUCCUGGUGCUGUUUAUACUUGGGCUCGACCUGGUCAAGCUUUACCCAAAGACAGUGAAAUCUCGAGCGAUCGGUUAAUCUUACGAAAUGUUAAACCCAAUUUUGCAGGACAAUAUGAAUGCAUAGCUAAAGGACCCCAAGGAACAGCUGUAUCCUUUGUAUCAUUAGUUGUCAGAAAAGUCAUUCCGCGAUUCCGACGUGAAAUGUAUUCCCAUAUCAAAUUCCCAUCAAUUCCUGAUCCAGAGCAGUCAUUUGACAUUGAAAUAUCUGUUAAACCUGAAUUCGGUGAAGGUCUCAUAAUUUAUAGCUCAGGUCCAAGCAAUCCAUCUACCAAUACCAAUGGAAAUUUUGUCUCUCUUUCACUCAACCGGGGCAUGCUUGAAUAUCGUAUACAAAGUGGAUUAGCUGAUGUAGUUAAAAUACGUUCAACUAAACCUAUACCUCUCUAUGAAUGGACCAAAAUUGUUAUUCAAAAAGAUGGUAAUCAUGUUGGUUUGUUUAUCAAUGAUUUAGCUGAAGUUCCAGUCAAACUAUCAGGUAACAAUACUGACCUUAUAUUGGGUGAACCUCUUUACAUUGGAGGAAUUCCCAGUACAGCUCAAAUCAAUUCAGAGGCAGGUAGAGUUGAUGGUUUUAUUGGUUGCAUGUCAGUCUUGAAAAUCAAGGGUAGAUCAAUUGUAAUGGCUGAUGAAGGUGAAUCAGUAAGCAUUUCAUCUUGUUCAACUUGUUCCACUGAUGUGUGCUCAGGUCAUGGAGCUUGUCAUGAAGACUCUACUGUAACAAACGGAUUCCAGUGCAUCUGUCAUCCUGGUUUUUCGGGAAGCAACUGUUCAGCCAAUGUAGACUCAUGUAAAGAAGGUUCAUGUGGUACAGGCCGAUGUGUCAAUGUACCUGAAGGCGGAUUCGAAUGUUACUGUCCAUAUGGACGAACAGGACUUCGAUGUGAAAGGGAAGUAAUAAUUCGUAGACCUGCAUUCGGAGGUAAAUCCUAUUUAGCUCUUCCAAAGCCGACUGAAAACACAGCAUCACCUGAUGAAAAGAAGCCUGAACAACAGCCACAGGAAUUGAAGCUUGUCAUGCAAAUCAAACCAAACCUCGAAAAGGAAGGUUUAUUAAUGUAUUCUGGUCAAGAUGAUUCGGGUAAAAAGGAUUUUGCUGCUGUCACAAUUAAAAAUAGAGCCAUUGAAUUUGCCUUCGACACUGGUUCAGGGCCUGCGUUUAUUAGGAGUCCACAGUUUGAGAUUUUAGAUGAUUUUGUGACCUUUGAAGUAAAAACCAUUGAAAAUCAAGGUAUACUUUCAGUUAAUGGUGUAGAGUAUUCAGAAAAAGCUCCAGGAGCAGCAAAAAGAUUACAAUUGGAAACUCCAAUGUUUAUCGGAGGUGUUAAUAAGCAGAAAGUUAAAUUACCUCGAUCACUUAACGUCUCUCAUGGUUUUGAUGGUUGUAUUGCUCAUGUUGAAGUGAAUGGUAUUGCUGUUGAUUGGGCGACCACCGUAGUAGACUCAGCAAAUGUUGAUGAUUGCGGUCCUCAUGAGCAAUGUACAGAGCAAACUUGUCAAAAUGGAGGCAUAUGUCAACGUGAUCAACGUGAUAUCUGUGCUUGUCUACCUGGUUUCACAGGCUAUCAUUGUGAGGUAUCAACCUUGUCAGCCAGUAGACCAGAGACUGUAACAUUAUCCAGUGAAACAUCUGACAAAAUAUCAACUACACAAUUGAUUGAAACAACCAAUGGAACCCUUACAAUCACCGAAUCCCCAUAAUUAAAGCAUCAGAAUAGUUAAUUGUCAGAAUUAUUAUGCUAAAAGUUGUCAUAUGAUACAAUUUUACCUUUUUUAAAGUUGAAGUAUUAAACAGUUAAACAGCAACACUAGUUGAAAUAAAUGUAAAACCAAAUAAUUUUAACCAAUAGGUAACAAAAUUGGAACCGCAAAGUACUUACAAUGUUUUUAAUUUUUUUGUUUAUAACCAAAAUUAACUAAUUUUCCUUCCGUAAACAUCCUGCAAGGUUAACAAUUGACACCAAUUAUUUAGUCUAAAACACUUUAAAUUGUUGAAAUAUCAAUCAAUUGAUUUUUUUGUUACAAUAAUUAGUAUAAACUAUUUUGAUAUCUCUUUUAUGGUUAACCAUAAAAUCCUUUGGUUUGUCACUUAAAUUAAAACACAAUCUGUAUUUUUGUCAAACAUAA